AUGGGAGAGAUGCGGGGGCGUCCCAUCCCUCUCCUGUGCCGGUCCCGGCGCUUCGGCUGGUCCAGCAGCUGUGACAGCAACGGGCCGAAAAGCAGUGGCCCAAACGGGCACACUUUCACUGGGCCAAGCUCCGAGUGCAGCUUGGAGGAGGCAGCAGCACCUGUGGAGGAGCCACCAGUGGACAGCUCGCACUACUCUCCUGUUUCAGUGGAACUGGAGCCUGUGGUGAAUAAUGGAUCAGGCGUCCCCGGGCCUCCAGGCGGACACACAAAAGAGGCAGCGGUGCACAGAGAGUACGUCCAGCCGCGCUCCUGCUCCUCCCUCUCCCUGUCCAGCGGCGCGGUCAGCGGAGAGCCAGUGCGUGGGCUGCCCGGCCCCGCUCCCUCUCGCUUCACACACAACCCCUAUCACGCCAAGACUAGCAUGCAGGGCGAUGUCUACAACUUCCUAGAGAGACCUGCAGGCCUGAAAUGCUUCCUCUAUCACUUCCUAGUGUUCCUCAUGGUUCUAGUAUGUCUUAUCUUCAGUGUGCUUUCCACCAUCGAGCAGUACGCAGACUUUGCCACUGGAACACUAUUCUGGAUGGAGAUCGUGUUGGUGGUGUUUUUUGGUACGGAGUACGUGGUGCGUCUGUGGUCAGCAGGCUGCAGGAGCAAAUAUGUGGGCAUCAAGGGCAGACUGCGCUUCAUCAGAAAACCCAUCUCUAUCAUAGAUUUGAUAGUGGUGGUCGCAUCAGUCGUAGUACUGAGUGUCGGUUCAAAUGGGCAAGUUUUCGCCACCUCUGCCAUCAGAGGAAUCCGCUUCCUUCAGAUCCUGCGCAUGCUCCAUGUGGAUCGGCAGGGAGGCACAUGGAGACUUCUGGGUUCUGUAGUCUUUAUUCAUCGUCAGGAGCUGAUAACGACGCUGUAUAUUGGAUUCCUGGGUUUGAUCUUCUCCUCAUACUUUGUGUAUCUUGCGGAGAAGGAUGCCGUGGACGAAGAGGGGAAGACAGGCUUCUCAAGCUACGCUGAUGCGCUGUGGUGGGGAGUCGUCACUGUGACUACAAUAGGUUAUGGAGACAAAGUUCCCCAGACGUGGAUAGGGAAGGCCAUCGCCUCCUGUUUUAGUGUGUUUGCUAUCUCCUUCUUUGCUCUGCCAGCGGGAAUUCUGGGUUCAGGCUUUGCUCUGAAGGUGCAACAAAAACAGAGACAGAAACACUUCAAUCGCCAAAUCCCAGCUGCUGCCUCUCUAAUACAGACACUGUGGCGAUGCUACGCUUGUGAAAAACCUGAUGGCUGUCCAGCUACCUGGAAGAUGUACGUGUUGACGGGUGACUACAUCCCAGUCAUAAACUCAGAGAACUCCAGUCCUGGAAACUUCAGAAAACUGAGUAAGCGCUAUAAGCGGAGGCUGAAGUCCACCCGUGAUAAUGGUUCCCUGGGGAACGCAGGAGAGAAGGCCCUGUCCAUCCCUCAAAUCACCUAUGACCAUAUAGACGACAAAGAGGACAAGAGAGAGGUGCCCUUCUUCCUUGAGGAACCUCCAGGCAUCACAAAGAUGUUCAGGCAGACAGACCGUCAGCACUCCUGGUCUUCUUUCAAUCUUAGCUGCCCUGCAUCUCCAGUUAAGAAAAAGCUGGAUGGACCCCCUGAUAUCUCACGCACUAACAGCCUAGUGGAUGACAUGGACUUCGCUAGUGAAUUUAUUCCACUCCCUGUGGUGACAGAUGCUUCACAUCUACUGACAAGGCCUUUCUUGGCAAAGGAGGAGGACUCUGUCUCUACACAGCAGUUGAAUUCAAGCAGGCUCUCCCAUGCGCACAGAUCUGCCAUCAAAGUCAUAAGGAGGAUGCAGUACUUCGUUGCCAGAAGGAAAUUUCAGCAAGCAAGGAAGCCGUACGACGUGCGAGACGUGAUAGAGCAGUAUUCCCAGGGCCACCUCAACAUGAUGGUCCGUAUUAAAGAGCUCCAGAGACGGUUGGAUCACACGUUGGGAAAGCCAGGAAUGUUUCUGCCAGAAAAGGGUGUAGACAAGGAGUACUACACUGUUGGAGCCAGGCUGAUCAGACUGGAGGAUAAGGUGCUUCAGAUGGAUCAGAAGGUGGAGAACAUCCUGAAGAUCCUGGUGGAGCAGUUCCAGCCCAAAUCCGAGCUGCUUCAGAAACCAAGCCACAGCCACUCCCGUGUAACCGUCAUGAAGCGCCUGGGUGUCAGCAUGGAUGAGGGACAAUGAGACAGGAAACAGCCACACUGGGUCAAGACUGGGACACAUCUGUGGAUAAAGAUUGUCCAGGAGGAAAGAUGAGGCCUUUUGUCUGUGUGGGAGACCCAGACACAACAGCGCACAGAGCCAUACACCCUCACAAUGGUUCAGCCCACAAAGCCACACACAACUGAACAAUGUGACCAUCUCUAAAGGAG